CGCGGUCACACUGCUUACAGGCUACUGUUUAUAAUUUAUUUUGGAUUUAUCAAAAAAACCCAAAAUCAUCAGCAGCUUGAGCCAGAAUAGAGGUCUAGUGCAAAGUUACGUGAACUAGGAUCUUUCGCUGGCAUUUGCUGACUCUGUGGUGCAGCAUUUGAAGGUGAGGGACACCACGAACGCCAGGAAGGAAGGCACCAAGGACAUCACAAAGGAUGGACGCGUGCAGCCACAAGGUCGAUGGCGAGAACGAUUACUGUGAGGCGACCUUGGCCGCUGUGAAUCUGAAUGUCUUUCCCGAUGAGAUACUGGAGUUCAUCUUCACCUACCUGCCACCCUACGGGGAUUUGGAGCACUGCAGCCUGGUGUGCAAGCGAUGGCACUCCAUUGUUAAAAAUCUCGUGCGGCGCUCUAAAUUGAACUUGGAGAAGGGUCUUACCGACUUUCGUUUGCGCUGGGAGGUUUUCUCCCCGCAAACAGCAAACGGAACGGGUGGCGCACCGCUGUCCUUCAUCGCUGGACGGUUUGCUCACUCGGCUGUGCGGCAGGGCAACUCCAUGUAUGUCUUCGGCGGUGGUUCCUCCUCUGAUACCACGUUCAACGAUCUCUGGCGCUUUGAUUUGACGCACAUGCGCUGGGCGCGACCGGUGGCAACCGGAACCUAUCCCUCGCCCAAGGGCAGCGCCUCCAUGGUGGCGUGGCGCGACCAGCUGAUCCUGUUUGGCGGCUGGCGCUACCCCUCGCUGCAUCCGCCCUACCAACCGUGGUGUCUGUUCGACGAGCUGCACUACUACGAUCUCGGCAAGAACCGCUGGCUGCUGCGCAACACGCUCUCCUGCCCACCAGCAAUGGCUGGGCACUCGGCCACUGUGCAUGGCGAUCGAAUGGUAGUUUUUGGUGGUUACCAGAUCAAGGACGAUGUCAAUGUGAACUCCAACGAGACGUGGGUGCUGGAUCUGCCCGAGCAGCGCUGGUGGCAACCGCUGUUUGUGGGCAACACGAGACCCAGUCCACGAUACGGACAAAUCCAGGUGGAGCUGAGCAGGAACCAUCUCCUCGUGGUGGGCGGAUGUGGUGGCGCCAAUCGGGUGUACACCGACGCCUGGCUGCUGGACAUGACCAGAGAUGUGUGGUGCUGGAAGUCACUGAAUGUGCGCAACAAGCGUUUUGGGGCCGUCCACAUGUGGUGCAAUCCCGGCUGCAAGAUCAACAACUACCUGGUGGUGGUGGGACCAUCGCCCAACAUGCCGCAGGACUUCCAAAUGAUGAAGCAGAGCAGAGUCCCAGUCGUGGGAGGUCGUGGACCGCCACCGCCGAAUCCUCUUCAAAAUCUACCCCCGAGGGGACACCGAAUACCGAUGCCGGAUCGACGACUGGUCGGAGGAAUGCCCGGUCCUGGUCAGAAUCGCGCAGGAAACAUCCGCCCUGGAGUGGGAGGAGCAGCGGCGGGCCCACUGGGUCCUCAGGAGCAGUAUUUGGCCAACCGGCGAGCAAUUCUCAAUCAGCACAUGCAGCAGGCCCAGCAAUUUCUGCACAACAGCAAUGUAAACAACAAUAACAAUAAUUACCAGCCACGCUCGGGCCGAUUGAGUGAUCUCCAUGCCCCGCCAGCUCCAGCUCCCGCUGCUUCUCCCCCGUCCCCGCCUGUGCGACCAAAUGCAGCUCCAUCGCCCGCUGAUGGCGACGUGGAUGCCGCCCAGCGCUUGCAAAGGAACCUGGCACUAAGGUGUCGUGAUAAUGAACCUAGGCUACCCAAACGCUUCGAUGAAUUAUACGAGGAUCCCUUUCGUAUGGCCGCCUUUAAUGUGCCUACUCGGUCGCGAAGUGCCUCAAGGGAUCACAACGAGCGCAUUCGCCGCAUGGAGGAGAAGAUGAACGCCAUUCGAAACUCGCGACGCAGUGCACCUGCCGCCGCCCAAGUGGAACCACAACCGCUGCGCCCCUCUCCAAAAAGGCUGCGCUGCAAUGUGCAAUCCCUCUUCGUGUGCGACAUAUCCGGCAUUCUGGAAAGCAGCGAUCCCGCCCUCGAAUGGGUGGAAUACAAAAACUUCGGUGUGCUUAAAGGCGCUCCGGAUCGGUUAAUCCUCUCCAGCCUCAUUGCCGGCAACGGGGAGUUGAUCCUUUUUGGGGGCGUGCACAAAGAGACACUGACGGACAUCACACACCAUGUGUCCAAUUCCAUACACUUCCUGAGUGUGCCACGUGAUAUUAUCUAAGCUCCGAAACAACGCCCGUCCUAAUCCUAAGUUAACCGGAUAGCAGACUGCCGCUGCUAGCCCUCCUUCCAAAUCCUUCAAAGUUCGGUGUUCGAAGUUCGAUUAGACAUUUAAUUGAGUGUAAUGGAUGUGUUUUAUGAUUAUAAACGAUUAACUACUAGUGGAUCUCCAA